AUCUCCUUUAUUCCACACCGAGCGCAACCGUUACAACCGCUGCGCCGCCGCGAGAAAUCCGUACGCCCACGGUGGAGAUCCGUCCACCUCCGCCGCAACCAUCCCCUGCAGCGCCGAUUGCAGUGGCUUCUCGACCGCCUAUACCUCCUCCUGCUAGACGUCCCGGCACUGAAAGCUGACAUCGGUUCCAGAACUUCGGACACUUCUCG